UUUUUUUUCUCUUCUUUCUCGUUACGUGUACGUACAUCGUAUAUCCCUAUAGCGCGAAAUUCAUCAUCAAGCCGGCACACAUCUCUAAAAAUAAUCACCACCACCACCCCCCUCCUCCCUCCUGCGGUGUAACACAGCCCAUGAGCUGUCGGAGAUUGUAGCGGCGUUAAGGUGAUAUCGAUCAAUCGGCCGAGUAGGUCCUCAUCAUCCUUUCCCUUUGGCCGAUAGUUAGUCACCCACAAGUGUAGCUCUGGUGAUGAUAUGUUGAUUUUUUUUUUUUCUCUCUCUUUCUCUCUUCCGAUUGUAAUCGCGUAUAGAUUAGCUGUAAAUCAUGGGGCGGACGGCGACCGUCGCGGCUUGCACCCUCAACCAGUGGGCCAUGGAUUUCGAGGGCAACCACCGGAGGAUCCUCCUGAGCAUUAGGAUGGCCAAAGAGGCCGGGGCCACGUACAGGAGUGGACCCGAGUUGGAAGUUAGCGGUUACAGCUGCGAGGAUCACUUUUACGAGUCGGACACGUUGCUGCAUUGCUGGGAGGUGGUGGCGUUGCUGCUCAAGUCCCCGGAGUGCGAGGACAUGCUCGUCGAUGUAGGUAUGCCGGUCAUGCACAAGAACGUCACCUACAACUGCCGAGUGGCUUUUCUCAACCGGAGAAUCGUCCUCAUCCGCCCGAAGAUGCAGCUCUGCGAGAACGGCAAUUACCGGGAGACCAGGUGGUUCUCCCCGUGGACCAAGGAGCGAAUCGUGGAGGAUUACUUUCUGCCGCGGAUGAUAGCCCAAAUAACGAGCCAGACGAUCGUGCCGUUCGGCGACGCCGUUAUCUCGACGAGGGACACUUGCAUAGGCUUCGAAAUCUGCGAGGAGCUCUGGAAUCCGGCCAGCAAUCACAUCCCAAUGGCACUCGACGGUGUCGAGAUAAUAGCAAACGGCAGCGGCUCGUACUUCGAACUGAGAAAAGCAUACGUGACUGUGGAUCUGCUAAAGUCGGCUACUUUUAAAUCGGGCGGCUGUUAUAUGUUCAGCAAUUUGCGGGGCUGCGACGGUGCCAGGGUAUACUUUGCCGGUGGCACGAGCAUCGCCUUGAACGGGCGCAUUCUCAAUCGCGGAAAACAGUUUGCGCUCGAGGAGGUCGAAGUCGUCGUCGCCAGCGUCGACCUCGAGGACAUUAGGAGCUACCGAAAUAACUUGCGCUCCCGGUCCCACUUGGCCGCGAGGGCGCACCCCUACCCGCGAGUAAAAGUCGAUUUCGCAAUAACCUCGGAGAGUCUAAUUUCAUCCAAUGAGCCUGAGCGUCAGCGACGCGAUGCAGAGCCCCCCGAGGCGCACGAGUCUAAAAUUACCUUUCACACGCCCGAGGAAGAAAUUUCCAUGGCCCCCGCCUGCUGGCUAUGGGACUAUCUCAGACGAUCGUGCCAGGGAGGCUUCUUCUUACCCCUGAGCGGUGGCGUCGACUCAUCCUCCACGGCCUGUUUGGUCUACUCGAUGUGCUGCAUGAUCGUCGAAUCCGUGCAAAAAGGAGACAAACAGGUGCUCGCCGACAUCCGUAAAAUCGUCGGGGAUCCGGAAUACGAGCCGACCGAUCCGAAACAGCUGUGCAACACGCUGCUCGUCACUUGUUAUAUGGCCACGGAAAACUCGUCGGCAGACACAAAGGCCAGGGCUGCCGAGCUCGCCUGCCAAAUUGGCUCCUACCACCACAGUAUAAUCAUCGAUACGGCUAUAUCGGCUAUACUUGGGAUAUUCAACCAAGUGACCAAGCUUACGCCGAGAUUCAAGGUUCAAGGCGGCUCGCCGAGAGAGAACCUCGCUCUUCAGAACAUUCAAGCCAGAGUACGUAUGGUCGUAGCUUACUUGUUUGCUCAACUGAUGCUGUGGGUGAGGGGCAGGCCGGGCGGGCUCUUGGUUCUCGGUAGUAGUAACGUCGACGAAGCUCUGCGGGGCUACUUUACAAAGUACGACUGCAGCAGCGCCGACGUGAAUCCCAUUGGUGGAAUAGCCAAAAACGACUUGAAGAAGUUUCUCGUGUACUUUCGGGAUAAGUAUCGCAUUCCUGCGCUCGAUGAUAUUUUGGAGGCACUGCCGACGGCUGAAUUGGAGCCCCUCCAAAGCGGUCAGCUCGCACAACUCGACGAAGUUGACAUGGGCAUGACUUACAACGAUCUAGGAAUUUUCGGCAGGCUGAGGAAGCAAAACUGUGCUGGACCGUUUUCCAUGUUCUGCAAACUGGUUAACACUUGGGAUGAUCUUCAACCAAAAGAAGUGGCAGAUAAGGUCAAGCACUUUUAUCGCUGUUAUGCUAUAAAUCGUCACAAGAUGACAAUCUUGACUCCUUCGUGUCACGCAGAGUCUUACAGUCCCGAUGAUAAUAGAUUCGAUCAUAGGCAGUUUCUGUAUAAUCACACUUGGAAGUGGCAGUUCAAUGCUAUCGAUCAGCAGUUGCAGUUGCUGAAUGCUGAUGAUAGGACAGCAAGGCCAAGAAAAACUGCUCCCAAAGUUCCUGCUAAGCCUAGGUUUAUGUCAAUCAACUCUGUUAUCAGUAAUAAAACACAUCCAGGAGUUGUAGUCUAAUAAAUAGAGAUCAAUAUCCAAUUGGCCGCAAGUACUAAGACUAUAUUUUUUUUUCAAAUGCACACUUUGUCAUAAAGUGACACUGUAUAUUUUUAUAUAGUCAAUGUUAAAAUGCACAUGACGCUAGUUGUUAUAUUUAUAUUUUUAAAGACUGAACCACAGUGCUUUAUA